AUGAGAGCAAGGAAACGUACUGCUAUAUUUAAAGAACAACAAAUAAAAGUUUAUCCUGAUCAAAGAGUCUGUCGCAUUAAACAUUUUUCUACAACUCGAUGGACUUCCCACGAUCGAGCAAUUUCAAUUAUUCAUGAUAAGUAUGAAGCACUAUUGAUGACUUUAGAAGAAUUAACCAAUUCACCAGAUCGAGAUUGCUCUUCAACAGCUAAAAACUUACAUAUCAUCAUAUCUUCAUUUACGUUUGUCCUAAAUUUAAAGUUAAUGGAAAAAAUAUUUUGUUAUACCACUCCAUUAUCAGUCUACCUACAAUCGCCAGCAAUUGAUUUUAUCCAGGCUUUAACUAGGGUAGAUAAUGUAAGUAAGCAAAUUAAAAAGUUAAGGACAAAUCAUGAGGCAGAAAAUGUAUUGGAUGAAGCCAAAACAUUUGCAAGUGACAAUUUUCUUACUGAAAGCUGUUUGCCAGAAGUACAUGUCCGACGUAGAAAAAUAAUGGCCGGUGAAGCACCAACAGAACAUUUAAUUGUAAAUCCAUUAGAUAAAUUCAGAACAGAAGUUUAUUUUGUUAUUUUAGAUCAAAUUACAAAUUCUAUCUUAAUGAGAUUUGACGGAGCUCGAAAUAUAUUAAAAGACUUUUCGAUUCUUUCCUAUGAUCGUCUUAUGGCUACAAGUAAUGGAGAACCUAUUCCCAAUGAUUUAUUUGAAACACUGGUCCAAUGGAUUCCAAAUUUACAACUUGAAGAAUUGAAAAAUGAAUAUUUAAUAUUUGCUUCAAGUUUUAAAAGUCCGCAAUCCAAUUUGAAUCUUACAUCAUUAUCUAAUUCUGAAAAUGAAAUAAGUAUUACUGAAGAAAAUACUGAUGCAUGUGAUUCUGAUAGUAGUACUAAUAGUAAUACAUUAACAAAAAUUGCUGAAAAAAAUCUUACAUCAAUACAAAUUUUAAAACUAAUUAGCUCAUAUGGGUUAUGUGCAGCAUUCCCUAAUUUGUUUGUUGCUUACAAGUAUUUAUGUACUAUUCCGGCCACAUCUGUUUCAAGUGAACGAUCAUUCUCAAAGCUUAAGCUCAUCAAAACUCGUUUACGCUCCACUAUGCAGCAAAAUCGUUUGGAAAGCUUACUUUUACUUUCAUGUGAGAGCGACAAUUGA